GAGCCUGUAACUGUAAUGUUGACAGGUCAAAAUUAAUAAGGCCCUGAUACAUGUGAUCAUGUUUGGAAACCGCAAUAAGGCAACGUGUAAUGAGGCUACACUACCAAUAAUAACAUCAAAUAUCGUCUUUGAUUAUUAAGCCCUACGAUAAUAUUAUCAUUGGGAAUUUCCAAACACCCAAAAAUAGGGAAAUAAGGGAGAUAACCGAACGUCGUCCCGAUAGAUAACUCAAACUAUAUUAUGUUGUUGAACAGCUUUCAAAGCCAAGAUUGAAGAAGUGGCGAGACCAACAGAUUAUAAACUAACUCAAAUUGUUCAUUAAACACCAGAAUGGCCACCCCAGGAGGGUUCCAGGCUGGUACAGCCGCAGUCCCAUCGUCUCAGGUUGAAAUAAGUGUUUCUUGCAGGAACUUGAGAGAUAUGGAUUAUUUCUCGAAGUCAGACCCUCUGUGCGUCAUGUACUCGCUAGACAUCAAGUCGCAACGCUUUCUUGAGUAUGGGAGAACAGAGAUGAUUCAAGACAACUUGAACCCUGAGUUUGCAAAAAAGUUUGUCAUCAACUAUUUCUUUGAGGAAGCUCAGAAGUUGAAAUUCGAAAUAUACGAUGUAGACUCCACAAGUCAAAAUUUGAGUAACCAUGAUUUUAUUGGCUCAGUGGAACUCACUCUCGGUGAGAUUGUGGGUGUCCCAGGAGGAGCAGUGGUAAAGAAAUUGAGGAGCUCUCAUCCCGGUGACAGUGGAGAUAUCAUAUCUAUACUGUGGUGCACAGAACGGAAGUGAUAAAAAAUACUCUCAACCCUAACUGGAAGACGUUUGUCAUUUUAGUGAGGAACUUGUGCAAUGGAGACUAUGACAGAUCCAUCAAAGUAGAGUGUCAUGACUGGAAUGCUAGUGGCAAUCACGAGUACAUUGGAGAAUUCAUUACAAACAUGCGAGAGCUGAGCUCUAGUCAGAGUCCUGUCUUUGAGCUGACUGAUCCCAAAUCAAGGAAGAAAAAGAGCAGUGGAAAGGUACAAGUUUUGAGCUGCCAGAUUGAACAACAGCAGUCGUUCCUUGACUUCAUCAAGGGAGGAAUGCAGAUGAAUUUCACCGUGGCAAUAGACUUCACAGCAUCAAAUGGGAACCCUCAGAAUCCAACAUCUUUGCACUAUUACAAUCCUUAUCAGCUCAACCAGUAUGCUGCGGCCCUUUCAGCAGUGGGAGAAAUCAUCCAAGAUUAUGACAGUGACAAAAUGUUCCCAGCACUGGGCUUUGGAGCGAGAAUGCCAGAUGGCUCAGUGUCUCAUGAGUUUGCCUUGAAUUUCCAACCUCAGAAUCCUUACUGCGCUGGUAUAGACGGAAUAUUGGCAGCAUAUUAUCACUCUCUGAACUGUGUGCAGCUGUAUGGUCCCACAAAUUUUGCCCCAGUUAUCAACCACGUGGCCAGGUUUGCUGCAGCAGUGAGGGACGGCAGUGAGUUCUUCGUGCUACUCAUCAUAACUGACGGAAUCAUCACAGACAUGCCUCAGACCAAAUCGGCCAUUGUCAGCGCUUCUACACUGCCCUUGUCUAUCAUCAUUGUGGGUGUAGGUGACGCAGACUUCACAGCUAUGGACAUCUUAGAUGGAGAUGAUCAAAGGUUAAGUGCCAAUGGAAAAUAUGCUGAGAGGGAUAUUGUUCAGUUUGUGCCGUUUCGCAAUUUCUUGAGCGGUGGAGGCAGCAUGCAUGUGUCCCAAGCAUUCUUGGCCAAGGAGGUUUUGGCUGAAGUACCCGACCAGGUCUUGUCCUACAUGAAGCGCUACAACAUCAAGGCCAGGCCUCCAGCAGCCAAUCAGAAUGCAGCCCUAGCCCCGGCUCCAGCCCCUCAAGGUGCACCCGCAGCUGCUCCAGCCUUCCCACGGCCCGGAGCACCCAUGGAGCGGCCUCCCCCUUACCAAAUGUAAAGAUUGCUAAAAUUUCCAAUGUAUGUGUGCUCUUGAGAUCUUUACAGUGGGGGAACCUAAAGCAUUGAAACUCUUUUUCGUCUCUGUAAUCUACUGGGCAAGGGUCAUAGUUAAACAGGUAUUCAUAAUUUAGAUGAGUUUUACGCGUUAGUUUUUGUUGAAAGCUUGAAAAAGUUGCUGCUACUCAAGCUUUGAAUUUAUGGAAAAUUCUGGUAUUGUCUGUGUGAAUCCUCGACUUUUUGUAUCAUUGAUAUUAUCAGGAUUUGUCUUUCCUCCAGUUUUCAUUCGCACUUUUUGCUACACAAGGGUUUGAUAGCUCUAUUUCAUUUUGCUCCUGCAAAAGCUUGGGUAGCAAUAAUUUUAGAUAAGAAUUUGUAUAAGAAUGUUACAGACUGUAACUGUUGUACAGUUAUAGAGUAAUGGCUGUUGGGUCAUUGAGUCAAAGCAUAUUGGUGUGAUCCAAGUCAAACCUUGCCAAGGCUGCUUCUGAGAUAAAAAGAUGGUAAAAGUCAGUUUUUCUCUAUUUCUUCUCUUGCAAGUAGGAAGUUGUAAAAAAUUGUGUGUGCUCCUAAUCCUAUGUAACAUUGUAUCUGAAUUCAUGGUCGCUUUUGGUAUGUAAAUAUUUUUAUAAUCUGAAUCUGAAUAUCAGGGGUGUUGUGUAAAUUACUGAUUAAUUCUGUUAACUUAAUGUCAUUCUAAUUUUUAUAAAACUGUGUUUUAUUUACCUCUACAUAUUUUGUACUCUGUAAAGGAAAUAUCCUUGUAAGAGUUUGCUCUUUCUAUAUACUUUUGUUUCUUAUUCUGAACUCACUGUUGCUAGGAGGUUUUACUUAGACUUAGAGACUCCCACAUCUUGAGAUGCAUGAGGCAAUCAUUGAUUAUUAGUAAGAUCUGUCUGCAAUCUGAAUGGGGACAUCACUCUACUUCUUGUCUAUAAACUUCAGGUUUUUCAUCAUUGUCUGUGUCCAGUUCAUCUCUGCCUCUCUUCCCUUUAAUUUUCCAGAAUGCAACCGGAUGGGAAAUUCUGUGAUCUUCCUCUCCUCUAACAUACACAUUUGUAGUGUGAAGUCUUUCCGUCUGAUGUUGAGGAUCUUGCGGAGGCACUUGUUGUUAAUAAAGGAGUCCGGUGGCCUUUCCUGUUCAUUCUUCAGGUGUCAUGAAUCAGAACCAUAUAGAAUUACCCACAGAACAUUUUAGUUUUAUAAUUUCAGCUUCAGCUGGGAAACGAGUUUCUUAUUUUCCCAAUUUCGUUGAGCUUGUAGGAGGCUUGUAAGGCUUUACCUAUCAGUAGUUUUUCAAUGCAUUUCAGUAUAUUUCAGCGCUUAUAUCGUCUAGUAUAGUUUCCUUAUUGUUUUUCUUUUACAAAAAAAUGCUUUUUCCACCUCAUUCUUGAUGAUAGUUUUUAGUGUUAUUUUCAGGUCCGUAUCACUUUCUUCAAUGGCUGCUAUAAAUCUGGUUCAUCUUUGGUCACCCUAUGCCUCUCUUUCCUUCAGUUUUCCAGGAUGCAGCCUGAUUAUUCAGGCCGUUUAAGUACAGUGUGGAAGUGCUGUGCUUAUCCUGCAAGUUUGUUUUCAUCCUUUGUGAUGUUAUCAUCCGUCUUUGAUUUGAUGGUAAAUUUCUUCUUUUAUUUAUCUGUCCAGUGAUCUUCUUUGUGAAAUUGUAAAGUGUUCUCUUUUCAUUGCAUUUGGCUGUAUCCUCUGCUAGGGAGGUUUAUAGUUCUAGCUGUGCUCUUAUGUAUGGGCAGUUGGCAGGUGCUCUGGUGUGGUUUACUUCUUCUUUCCAAUCAAACAUCUGUGGUCCUUUUCUCUCCUCCUUUUUUAACUCUCUUGUAACACAUCUGAUCUUUGGCAUUUAUAUGACCUUAUUGUGUUGCAAGUGCUGUAAAACUCUUCCAAAAAACAAAUGCUCUUUUGUUGCAUUGUGACGUCUCUGUCCCUGUUAAUUUAUGGUCAAAGUCUAUUGCAUUGUCCGUUGGUUAGGUCUGCUUUUUGGGGGUGGGUCUUUUUGUGUUCUUCUAUGAGCUUUUAAGUGUCAUCCUUAAUUCAUUCUUCUCUCUCUCAAAACAUUUAGUGGAUGGAUGGCAGAUGCUCUAGUAUGGUUUGCUGCUUCUUUCCUAUCGUCCUUAUCUCUUUUUUUUUUCUGUUACCCUCUUGUAGCAGCUCUAUUCCUCGACACUUAUAUGACCUAUUUGUGUUUCAAGUGCUGUAAAACUCUUGACUUAAACCGAAUCAGUAUCACUUUUCCAGCAUUGUCCAUUGUCAGUUUCAUUUUGGCCCACCUCACCAAUCCACUUCAUCUUCCAGGAGUAGCAGUAGUAUUGUAUCAGUUUGAAAGUUUCAGCUGGAAGGAUUCUUUGACCUCUUCGUUUUUUUUUUUCAGCUUUUCUACGUUUAGGUGCUUUGAAAUUAUUUGUUUUGUCUUUUGUUGUUUCAAUUUGAUCUUGGGUCUUUUGGCAAUGCAAGGUGGUGGUCACUGUAUAUCUGCUCCUCUGUAAACUCUUAUGUUAUGCAGGAAGUUUAAUCUCUAUCUUAGCCUAACAGGAGCAUGGUCUAUCCCUAUGUUUCAGCAUGACUGUCUUUGGAUAUCCACAAAGUUUUGUGCAUUUAUAUUUCAGCGGUUGAACUUUGCAGUCCCAAUUUUCAGAUCACUCUGAACGCAGAGUUCUAUGAAUCUUAUUCUGUUAUAGGUAAUUUCCCAUAUUAUCUUUAUCCUGUAUCCUAAGGUCUGUGGUUUAUUUAUUUAAGGGUUUAUCUUGCUCGGCUUCCAGCUGUUUGGUUGACAAAACUUUUUUUUUUAUUGACCGAACAGGGUGGAGUUUGUACUGGCACAAAAAUCCCCACACCCAUCGCUUCCAAUGCUCCUUUUCUUCUUUUAUUCUGCUGAAGAGUACAUGAACACCGUCACACACCUGUUCACUCUUCUAACUGUCAGCUCAAGUGAAAUAUAGAGCUUAUUUUGAAAGUUGUCAGUUUUUGUAAGUUUGUUUUGCUGUAUGUUUUUGUAUAUUUACCAAUUUUUUACUGUGAACUAUUGUCUGUUCGCUUCAAUAAUCCUGUGAUGUCAAAAUAUUCACCUCUGCUUCUGAUUUAAUCCAUCGGUUGUUUUUUAUAUUUCAUGUUGAUACUUGACGUCUACAAGUUGCUCAGUUUUUGUAAAUAUUGUCAUCUUAUUAAAAAAAGCAAAAUAUUUGUGGUCUUUAACAUUUACUGGAUCUGCAGAUAUUAGGUGCUAUUCUCAGCCAUUAUUAGUCAGAUUCACAAACUUAAUCUGUUAAGUCUUUUACUUUUUGCAACACGAUGCAGACUUUCCUUCGGUAAAUCGCAGUCACAAUCACAGUUUGUGUUUUGUUCCUUCAGGGUCGUAUUCUUAUUUUUGUACUAAACAGUAAAAGCAAAAAUAUUAAAUAUGUCUUGAGAAUUUUUUUCUUUUUCAUCCUCUUGUCAUAAUUGUUAACGAUUUAAUACUUUCAAAUAUCAAGUUUCUUGUGUGUUGUCCACAGCCCCCACCCUCCUGUGUUUCAAAGCAUUGUCUUCAAGUUUUUAAGGCCUCUUUUUUUUUCCUUUUUUCUAUCUGAAUUAUGCACAAUGUAUUCAUGAAGGUAGUUAUGUGGUGGUCUACUAAGAGAAUAUUGUUGUAACUGGGACCAGUUCCCAUUUUAUAUGUACGCAAUGUGUUUGUCACACUGCAAUCCUUCAAGGUGUAUAAUAAGGUUGAGCUUCAAAAUUAUUUUUAUCCACACCAUAUUCUUUGCUGUUUUUUAGUAGUGUCUUUGCCUCAUGUCAAACAUUUUGCCAUCAGUGAACAACUUUAAAAAUGCCAGUUAUGUUUCUUUUAGUUUUGUAUGUCAGUUAAUUAAGUUAAUAGGUACUUUAUAUCAAUGCACAAGGUGUUUUUGUCAUCAAGGUACCAAAUCGUCUGCACAUAGCUGAGAAACUAGCCCGAUGCUCUCGUACAGCAGUUGCAGAAGACGUAUUUUCCACUUUUUAGCUUGAAGAAAUAUGGGGAUGGGAUCUUAUACUGUACACAAUAAACUGUAUGUAAUACAUGCCAAGAUUAGUGCAUAAUCAGUAGACUUUGCUUAUACUCAAAGCCCUUUUAUCAAGAAAUUCCUGAUAUUGUGAAAGGAUUUCAAAUCUGCAGGGCUUUUUCCCUCUUUAUUAUUACAUCAUAUAUAUUAUUUCCACUUUAUACGAAAUAUGCUGAACAUUAAGAAAUUCUUUGGUCCCGGGAAAUUCCUGUUGUCAGGGUUUUACUGUGGUUGAAAAAUGAAAUAACUUAUUAACAAAUAUCAUAACUGUUGCAAGAAAAAUACUUUACAGGAUGAACAAAAAGAUUUGAAGCUAUUAUUUUUCAUGUGACAGACAAUGUUUUUCUUCUCGGAAACUAGUCAAAUGUGAUCUUAUAUUGCGAAUUCAAACAAAUUUAAAACUAGUCGUACUAAUACUAUGGUAGUGGUAGAUUUGGGUAAGGUUUAUUUAAUGAUACGAUGGAAAUCCAUAUGGACAUCUAUUUUGAGCGUGUUUGUUAUGAUUCAGGACUUAUUAACUUAUUAAGCCAUAAUUUUUUAGGCUAUAAAAUCUCAGCCUGCAAUAAUUCAUUUGUAUUCUCAAAUAGGUGAGAAGUCCUUAAAUAAUUAGCAAUAAGAUCAUUAGAUUUUUUUAGUUUUAUGAUUUGGCAUCGGUCCGAAUCUAGGGAUAUUUUGUACUUCAAAAUACUGUUCAUGAAAUUGUCAGUGUGUUUGUUUUUAUAAUUGAUGUUUUACUGACCUCACUAACAUUUAUCACUCUAAUGAAAUAGGUCUAUGCACCUCCUUUAGAUGUACCCAGAGACCAGGCAGUGGCUUUUUUUUAACCUUUCGGUGAAUUUCUGUGAUAAUGUUUUUAUUGUCAUUACUGUUGUAAUCCCAACAUUCUUGUUUGCAUUUUUCAUUGCUGAUGUGGAGUGAAGAGACUUAUUGUAUAUCUUUGAGUGAUUCAUGAAGUGAUUCAUGAGAGCGCUGUGGGUAAAUGAAUGAUUUGAUACCAGUAAAUGUAACUGAUUCUUGUCAGUGUAAUGGCAAGAUCAUUGAAAAGAAAAGAUAUAUAAUAUUAUAAAAAGGAGGACAUUGGAAAGGUUGAAGGAAAAAAAAAUGACAGCAGAGGAGGAAUUUUUAGAUAAGAAAUAAACAGAGUAGGAUUGAUGAGAAGCAGCAUUGGGGAACUGGAGGAAGAGAAAAAGAAGGAGUGAAAGAGUGAAUAGAAAGAGAGAGAAAGAGAGUGAAUGGAAAGAGAGAGAAAGAGAGUGAAUGGA